AAAUUUAAAAUUAGAACGCGCGCCAGUCGGGCAGUCCGUUGGUAACUUUGGAUUCGGAAGGUUAGAAAUAGCGGGAGGAGAAGAGGAAAAAAGCACGACCCCCGCAAACGAACUGUUUGUUUUUUACUUAGUGCCGUUGUUUUUGUUUGUUUCCAGUUUUCCUGUACGUAAAAAUAAUGGAAAAAUUACACUGUUGCAUGUGGUUAUUUGUAUUUUUUAGUUUUGCAUAUUCCAAGAUAAUAAUUAACGAACUAUCAGUACCAAAAUCCAUACCUUUAAACGGUACUAUAGAAAUUAUAGAUCUGGACUGUAAAUUUCAAACAGUAAAUGAAUCAGGAAUAGAAGUUAAAUGGUUUUUUAAUGGCGAGUACGAACAAAUUUAUCAGUGGGUGCCUGGUUACAAUGACAGUCGUACCGCUAUGGGUAUUUUAAAGGACCGAUUAGAUCCGAAAUUUAAAGUAACGAAUAACAGCGACACUGAGUACCGGGGGUUCAGAAUAACGGAUAUUGUAAGAGAGCUAACUGGGAAUUACACGUGUAAAAUUAGUGGAGAAACAGACGAGGCUUCGAAAACUAAGCAGAUGGUUAUUUAUUCACCAGCUAAAUCUGGAAUUAAUUUUAUAUUGAAUAAUAAUGAAUUUAUAAUAUGUUCUGGGAAUGGACUAUACCCGGAACCGGAAGUUGAUUUUUACAUAUUACAGGGGAAUGGAACAAAAAUUGACAUAAACGAAGAUCAAAAUAUUGAAGUAGAUGAAGAUGGUUAUUAUAAUAUAAAUGCUACCCACGAUAUAACUGAAUAUAAUCAUUCUUCUACAGGAUCUAUAACAUUUAUUUGCAAUAUCAGUAUACCAGGGACGGAUUACUUUUUAUUCAAGGAAAUCGUCAAUAUUGGUAAUGAUCAUGAUCAAACACUGACAAAUGUCACGAUUGAAGAAGAUUUAAAUAUAACUUUGACAAGGAAUGAUACCUCAGCGGAAAUUAUCAGCGAUACUCACCGAGAUAAUUCUGGAAUACCCCAAUUAUCAACGUCGCUACUUGCAAUUUUUAUAAGUAUUUUGGUUUUAUUAUAUUAAUUUUAUAUUUAUUAUAAUUAACUGUUGUGAUAAAAUUACCAAAAAUCGUGUAUAAAUGUAAAUAAUAAAAAAAAAUUCGAGUCUUAAAACCAAAAAUUAGUAUAAACAUUGUAAAUAUGUAAAAUGCUGGUUAUUAAUUGUAAUUUUUGAAUCUAGUCCCUAAAUAAACGUUUAUUUUAUUUA